AAGUAGGGCAGGAAGAUUUAAAACUGAAAUUAAUGAAAGAUCACUGCAGACCAACAGACUGAGGAGGGAAAAAGACAUCAGAAAACAAACUGCAGGUAAAUAAUUCUGACUUCAAGAUCUUAAACAUCCAAAACCAGAUAAUGAAGUUUCUGGUACUACUCGUCCUCUCAAUGACGACAGGUUAUGAGGUCAGCUUUGGAAUGAAAGCAUGUCACCAAGGAUGGUUUAAAUUCACCUGCAAAUAUCCUGAAAUAAAUAAAUCAUAUCAAGACAAUGAUAUAGUCGAUUUCAAUGAAACAACCAUUCAAAGCUCUGAGAACGAUGUGUGGGAAACUGAAGGCAGAUUAUACCAUGAUACAAAAAGCAAAAAUCACCAGGCAGCGGUUAAAGACCUUAAACAGAAGUGUAAAUUAAACCGAAGCUCGAACUUGACUGACAGAAAGGACGAGAAACCAGAACCUGAGCUUGAGAGCUGCCGACGAACACUGAAUCUCAUUUUGUACAAAAAAACAUGUGACUUUCCUGGAGAUGAUUACAUGUCUGGGUUCACCUUUUUCUGCAGAAAGAACAAUUUCACCUGUGAAGAUAUUUUAUUAACAAAUUAUCCUCAAAAGUCAAAAGGAUUAUUCAUUCUCACCAGCCAUGGUUUCAGCGCCUCUAUCAGUCAUGUGUCCCGAUGGGAUACUGGUGUCUACUGGUGCGCAGUGUUAUCAAAUGAUGGAAGAUUUUCACUCAAACGAGUAAAAAUUAACCUCUUAUCCCCAACACCCCUAUCUGCAAUAAAGAAAUCAGCCGCUGUUGGACAGACCGUCACCUACUGGUGUGGAUACAACCAGGAUAUCGCCUCACUUAAAAAAAUGUUCUGUAAGGGAGACGAUCCAUCUAUAUGUAAGCCUCUCAUAAACACCAGAGAGACGCACAUAAACAGGUUUUCUAUGAACCAUACAAAGAAUAAAAUUACUAUAACAAUGAGAGAAAUAACAUUAAAUGACAGUGGGACAUACUGGUGUGGAGCAGAAAGCACCGACAACCAAACAAGCAACGUUUUCUUUGGCAGAUUGUUCCUGACUGUAGAUGGGCCUUCAAACACAGCACCUGCUCCUGCUUCUCAGAGUCAUGGGAUUGUUGUGAUCGUCUGUGUCGCGUUGAUGCUGCUGCUGAUGCUGGUGUUUGUGAUAGUCUUGAUCCUUAUCUACAAACGAAUUUCAAAAUUACAAAACACAGGAAAUGAAGCAGCAGUACAAACUAUCAAAGAGGAGAAUAUCUAUGAAGAGUUCCAGGAGCAGCUUCAGUAUCCAGACUCGGAAACUGCAACAAGCACGGUUUAUCUCACUGUGACUCCCCCAAACCAGCCUGACUCUCUGCAUUACUCUACCAUCAACUUUCAAAGCAGGUCUAACAAAGCUGGUGGUGAGACACCGACUGUCAAACCCAGCUCCUCUGCCUACAAAUAUUCUGCUGUGGCGUUCAGCAAACGUCCAACCAACUCAUCUGUUAAUCAGCUAUACCGACCUACAGAGGAGUCUUUGUACUCCAGAGUCAAAAGGACGGGAAAAAACGAAAACAGAAAUUAGAGUUAAUUUAUGUUGAUAGAAAUGUAUAAAUUACCUGUAUGGCCAAGAAUUCAGGUCAUUACAUCUGUGUCAUUACAUCAGUCCAUCUAAGACUGAUUGACACCAAACUUCUUAGAUGUUGGCUUGAUGGAGACAGAAAUCACUCAACUACUGUGAGGACUUGUGAUUUUUUUACACUGAUCCAUACUGAGCUCUUAGAUAUCAACUGGUAGAGUCCCAACGAUACAAGGCACACUUGAUGCUGCUUCGUUUGAACAGGCGUUCCCGCUGAACACCCUGUUUGGACUUUGGGAUUAGACUUGUUCAAGUUUAAACCCAUCAUGGGUUGGCUCAGGCAGCUUGGGUUGGGGUGUAGACGUGUGUUUCAGCUAACUAACAUUAGCAAAAGUGAAAAUCAGGUUACUGUAAAUAUUAUUUAAGCAAUGAUUUUAAAAAUCCUAAACAAUCCUGAUUUAUAGCUUUCGAUCACUCAAUGUCAUCUAUCUGGAAAAGUGCACAUAUUACUCUGCUGUACAACCACAGUGUCACUCUUGAAAUCAACAAAAAUCAAAAAUUAUUUCUAUAGCACAUAAUAAUGCAACAAAGUUGACCAAAGUGCUUCACAGUUGGUCAGAGCAAUAGUAUAAGACAGAAUAAAAACAGUGAAAAGAAGUGCAAGAAACAAUAUGGGUAAACAGCAUAACUAGCCACGAAAUUACCAACUAGUUUGAAUUAAAAGCCAGACUAAAAUAAUAAGUUUUAAGACGCAAUUUAAAAGACUGGAUGGACUCAAAGGAACGAAUAUAAGGAGGGAGGUUAUUCCAGAGUCUGGGUGCUACGAUAGCAAAGGCCCUCUGGACUUCAGACGAGACCUCGGUUGCGUCAGGAGCAUCUGAUUGGAAGAUCUUAGUGCUCUAUUAGGAAUAUACAAAUGGAGGAGUUCACAUAGAAAGCUGGGAGCCAAAUUGUUUAGAAUUUUAAAGGUAAGCAAGAGAAUUUUGAAAUUGAUACGAUAUUCAACAGGGAGCCAAUGUAAGUUGACUAAAACUGGUGUGAUGUGAUCGUAAUUUCUACUACCAGUUAAGAGACGCUCAGCUGCGUUUUGAACUAACUGGAGCCGGUGAAGAGAAGAGACGAAUAUGGGCAGAUUGAAAUACUUCCCAACUAAUGCUCUUAACAUCCAGUGUUCUCUGCCGAUCGUGGUCAUCUUAAAGGGGCGAUAGUUGUAGGUCUGACUAAAGCUUUUGACUUGGUUCAUUCUUCUUUCUUUAGAUAAUCUUAAUGUUAUUGGUCUUUCCCAACAUGCACUGAUGUGGUUUUAGUCUUCUCUUUCUCUCAUUGUGCUACACCAGAGAUGAUCAUUGUUUUCAUUCAACAUUAGAUAAAGAUUGUCUUCAUUUUCUUGAUAUUGUAUAUAUAUUUUGAUAUGCACAUUUCUAUUAGGCUUUUCUUUUUACUAUGUUUUACAGACUUACAUCUUCACCUUGGUUUAAGACAUAAGUUUGUGACAUACCACUCGUACCAAAUCAUCAUUAAAUGUAGUGACUUUGACUUGAUUUUCUUAUCUUGAUUGUCUAAAACAAUUUUUUUGUUCCUUCAGUUUCAAGUUGUGCUCUAAAAUGUUCUGUUGAGGUCUCUUUUGUACUGACAGAAGUUUGUGAAAAACCUUUAUGUUUUAGGUUCCUGCUGAUUGGAAUUUGUCACCUUUAAUUUUUUUGUUUGUCUUUAGCAGCUGAAUCAGUUGUUGUUGUUCUGAAUUAGUUGUUAUAUACGAUCUGCCUUUGUUGUAUUAUGUGUUCUGUAUUGUUCUGUACAAAUGUUUGUUUAGACGUUGAGGAGUUUAUCCCAUUAAAAUUACUUUGAAGGAAAGAGCUUAAAUAUUAAUUCCUGGUUGCUUCAAAAAGUUUCUGAGCAGAAAUCUGCCUAUGAUCAUGAUAGGGUUGAAGCUUCAUCGAUUGCUGUUUAUUGUAAAUCAUGUUUAUAUUUAUGACAAGCUCCAUUUGUGUAAUUUUUUUUAAAGAAAAAAGAGAUCAUAAUUUAUUUUAAGAUGUUCAAAUGUUAUUAGGCA